GUGGGUCGUGGACCUGUGCAGGGCGGGCGGCUCGACUGCCGGCCCGGCUGCUAAGAGAAAGAAGCCGGGUGGUGGUGUCUGUGUCCCGGGGCCGAAGAGGGCUCUGAGGCUGGAGAGGGGCGGCGUUGGGGAGCUUGGGGACCAGAGACCGGGAGAAACCUCCCUUCCCUCCCUGAGCAUGGAUGGACCUGUCUGACCCCCCCGCUUCCCUCCCCAACCGCGGGGAGCCGAGUGCCUCACUUUCCCCCGAUGCUACUUCUCGUACCGUUAUCUCCGUGUGACUGAAGGCGCUGCAUCUCUCCUGUUCCGACACCGGCCUUUGGCGGGUCCUUCUUGAGAGUCUGGAGGGAGAGCCCGUUCCCUACUGGAGAAACAGACAAUUGGAUCCUCGGGCUAAAGUGACGUUAGCUCCUAGAUGACGGAUCCCCCGCAGUAAGUCUGGCCCUUAAGAAUGAAGACAGAAGAGAAGACGGAAGUCCCCUGGGAUUCCUCCUAGCAAGAAACCCAAACUAAAGCCUGACACCAGAGCUUCGAGGAAGAGUCUGCAGAGUCCAUGCUGAAACUGAUGGAGUUGGAAGGAUUCCUGAUGACCCUGUAAGGGAAGGGUCAGGAUUUGGGUGAAGUCACAAGGUAUACGGAAAACAUGGAACAGUGGAUGACCAUGGAGCAUUUGACUCAAAUUCUUGAGGGAAAAGCUUCAUCUUCUCAGGAUCCUGGCCUUUCUCAAGAGGGGAAACCAGAAGAGGAGCAAAUGACAAUUCUUUUCCUGAAAGCCAGGUCUCAGGAAUCAGUGGCCUUUAAGGAUGUAGCUGUGGACUUCACCCAGGAGGAAUGGGGGCAGCUGGAUCCUGCUCAGAGGGACUUGUACAGGGAUGUGAUGCUGGAGAACUAUGGGAACCUGGUCUCACUGGGGUUUCCAGUUUCUAAGCCAUAUGUGAUCUCCCAGCUGGAACAAGGGGAAGAACCCUGGGUGGUGGAAAGAGAAGUUUCAAGAGGCAUCUGUCUAGACUUGGGGACCAGGACUGAAAUCAAGGGAACUGCAAAGCAGGAUGUUUCUGAAGAAGGAUUAUCUCGGGACGUGAUCAUUCAAAGAUUCACAAGGGAUAGUCUUUGGCAUUCUAAGUCAGGUGAUGCCUGGAAACAUGAAACUUGGUUACAGGGGCAGCCAAGAAACCAGGAAACACAGUUAAGGGAAGUAGCAAUUAACCACAAGCCAUCACCAAUCUGGGAAAAAGACCAUGGUUGUAAUGACCUUGGAAGAAGUUUCAAUUUAAGUUCCAUCCUUGUUACACAGCACAAAGUUCCUAUGGGAGAAAAAUCCUAUAAAUAUGAUGCAAAUGGAAAUAACUUCCAGCAAAAUCCACUAACAAUUGGUCAUCAGAAAAUUGAUUUGCGGAACAAACCUUGUAAAUGUAAUGAAUGUGGAAAAGCCUUCCGUUAUCACUCAGAACUUACUCGACAUAGGAGAACGCAUACUGGAGAGAAGCCCUAUGAAUGUAAUGAGUGUGGGAGAGGCUUCAGUCAGAGCUCAUCCCUCACUCUACAUCUGAGAUUUCACACUGGAGAGAAACCCCAUAAAUGUAAUGAAUGUGGGAAAGCAUUCAGGCACACCUCAUCUCUUGUUAAACAUCAGAGAAGUCAUACUGGAGAGAAACCUUACGAAUGCAAUGAAUGCGGAAAGGCCUUCAGCCGGAGUACACACCUUACCGAACAUCAGAGAAUCCAUACUGGAGAGAAACCUUAUAAAUGUAAUGAAUGUGGAAAAACCUUCAGCCGGAGUACUCACCUUACUGAGCAUCAGACAAUUCAUACUCGAGAGAAGCCCUAUAAAUGUAAUGAAUGUGGGCAGGCCUUCAGUCACACCUCCUCCCUUGUUAAACAUCAGAGAAUUCAUACUGGUGAAAAACCCUAUGAAUGUAAUGAAUGUGGGAAAGCCUUUAGUCGAAGAACACAUCUUACUCAACAUCAGACAAUUCAUACUGGGGAGAAACCCUAUGAAUGUAAUGAAUGUGGAAAAGCCUUCAGUCACAUAUUGUUUCUUACAAAACAUCGGAAAAUUCAUACUGAAGAGAAACCCUAUGAAUGCGAUGAAUGUGGAAAAGCCUUCAGUCAUACUUCAUCUCUUAUUAAGCAUCAGAGAACUCAUACGGGAGAGAAACCUUAUAAAUGCAAUGAAUGUGGAAAAGCCUUCAGUCAUACUUCAUCCCUUAAUAAACAUCAAAGAACUCACACUGGAGAGAAACCCUAUGAAUGUAAUGAAUGUGGGAAGGCUUUCAGUCAAAGCUCAUCUCUUGCACUGCACCAGAGUUGUCAUACUGGAGAGAGACCCUAUACAUGCAGUGAAUGUGGGAAAGCCUUCAGUCAUACUGCAUCCCUCAUUAAGCAUCAGAGAACUCAUACUGGAGAGAAACCCUAUGAAUGUAAUCAGUGUGGGAAAGCCUUCAGCCAGAGUUCAUCCCUUAUUAAACACCAGAGAACUCAUACUGGGGAGAAACCAUAUGGAUGUAAUGAAUGUGGAAAGGCCUUCAGCCAGAGCUCAUCCCUUUUUAAACAUCAGAGAACUCAUAGAAUCAUAAAAUAUUAGCAUUGGAAGACCCCUCCUUGGUCUUAUAGUCAACCCUCUUCUUCAAGGUCACCCAGCUGAUAAAUGGCAGGGCUAGGACUAAAAGCUAGGUUUCCUGACUCCCAGUCCUUUGCUCUUUCCAUUAUCCCACAUUGCCUCUACCUUAUACUGUAUAGAAAUGUCAUGAAUAACAGCUCACAUUUAUAUAGGAUUUAAGGUUUGCAGAUUGUUUUCUUAACAACCCUAUGAAGUAGGUAGUAUUAUCCCCAUUUUAAAGAUGAGGAAACUGAGGCUUAGAGAGGCUAAAGUCACACAGCUAGUAAAUAUUAGAACCAAUAUUUGAAUCCUGGUCCCCUACAUCCAAGCCCAGUGAACUUUCCAUUAUCCUGUGCUGCUUACAUAUAUGGAAAAUAAUCUUCAGUGUCAUGGUCCCUUGUCAUGGUUGAGACCAAGGUGCCCUAAAGGAAAGGGAAUGGAUCAGAAGAUUCUGCCAAGAAUAUGGGGUUUGCCGAACUUGUGAUACAGACUCAGAGCCAUCUCCCUUUGAUGUUCUGUGUCCAAGAUUUCUGGCAGGUCAGCAACAUUGUUUGGCACAUAAAACUUGACAGAAGAAUAAUCACAACACAAAGGAAAUCAUAGACGCAAGGAACAAAAUCUAAGAGCACUUACUCCACUUGCAUUUAUUGUGAUUAAGCAAGAUCCCCAUCCGUCUGCCUCCUGUUCUUUCUCUCCUAACACCAUUAACCCUGCACAUGUGGUAUGACUAGGACCAACCUUCAGACACAAAGUGAAAGUCUUUUACCUUCUUUUGUGGGCUGGCUGCAGACACUGUCAGCAUGCCAGAAGACCCCUCAGUGCCCUUGAGCACAGCUACUGCGUUCCUGCUUUUACCCACUAACCCUGAGCCCUUCCUUACUAUGCCAAUAUUAAGUCACUUCAACCCUUACUGCAUAUUGGGGAAUUCAGAAGGGGUGCAUUAUUAACAAUGGCUAGAGGAUAGUCUUUGAGUAUAAUUUACCCUUAUAUAUCAUGAACAUCCCACUGGGUAGCAGACAUGAGAAUAAGGAAAGUGUCCCUUGUGCUUAGUCAUAGUUAUUCCUCUGCUCAAAAACUUUCAAUGGUUCCCCUUGGCCUUCAAAGAUAAUGUCUAAACGCAUUAACUUGGCAGUCCAAGGGUUAACGUUAUCUUGCUAUAAUUUACUCCUGGCUUCAACCCAACUGGUUUGCUUUUUUUCUGGCUGAUCCACCUUUCACUUUGCUGCCUCAGCUCUUACUCAUAGAGUUCUAAUGCUGUGGAAUGCUCUCCCCAUCUGCCCUCUGCCCUUCCUACCAGCUCAAAUCCCACUCUGAAAGACUUUCUUGACCUCCCCUUUCUGGAUUGUGUGACUUCCCCCUACUCUGAAUAAGAAUUAUUGUCUGUGUGAUUCAUUUGGUAAUUAAUCAUGUACUUUCUUGUGGUGUCUAUUGUUGACUUGAACUGUUAUUUAAAUACUUAAAUGUUAUUUAAUUUUUCACACAUGAAGCUCCUUGAGAGCUGGGACUAUCUUAUUUGUCUUUGUAACCCUCGUAGCACUUAGCACAGUGCCUUGCACAUAAUAGGUGCUCAAUACAAUUUUAUUGAUUUGGCAUCCAAACUUUACAAAAAUAAAAUAACUUGUUUUGCAUUC